AUGACUGUGAAAAACUUCGUUCCGGUAUUUUUAUACCUCGGAGUUGUAUUUUUUUAUUUUUACUCUGUGCGUAAAAUGGAGGAAAAUCAGCGGUCAUUAAGAAGUGACCCUGAUAGAGUAGCAAAAUUCUCCAAUACCUUUAGAAUUUUAGGAAAAUAUCAAGGAUACUUUUUUACAAAUUGGACUUUUGUGCUUCAAAUUUUGUUUGUUUGCCUAGCUUCAUUAGACGAAAUCAGUAAAUUAAUAGGCAUUCCAUCGGGCAUUAAAAAUCUGUUGGGUAAAACGAGAGCCUUCCUUUUCAACGCUCUUCUUUUCCCCUGCACCUUAACUGUAAUAUUAACAUUUUGGGGGAUUUGGUACGUCGAUAGGGAACUGAUAUUUCCCAAGGAGAUAGAUGAAUUUUUCCCAUCGUGGAUGAACCACGUGCUGCAUUCCUUCAUCGGAGUGCCCCUUUUGUUAGAGACUUUAUUACCGAAGAAGGACCACUUUAUCAAAUUCAAGCCAGCCGCUGCCGCGCUCUUAAUAUUUUGUUUGGUGUACCAAAGCUUGUACUUUUCGAUCUACUUUAAGGACGGCAUCUGGCUAUAUCCCGUUUACAAAGUGUUGGACUGGCCUCAACGAAUAAUUUUCAACUUGAUCCAAGUGGUCUUAAUUUUGGGAUUUCAAUAUACAGGUUUGCUCAUUCAGAACAGCAAGAGGAGCAUCAGAUCUAAGCAAAAGGCCAAGUGA